GACGCGCGCCGCGGGUCGCGCGGCCCCGGCGCGUGGUGCGGAGGCAUGGCUUCGCUGCGGUGUAGCACUGCGGUCUGCGUGAUCUGCUUGGAGAAGCCCAAGUACCGCUGCCCGGCCUGCCGCGUGCCCUACUGCUCCGUGACCUGCUUCCAGAAGCACAAAGAGCAGUGCAGCCCUGAAACUCGUCCCAUUGAGAAAAGAUCAGCAGCUCCUGUAAAAACCACAAAGCCUGAGGACAACAAAGAUGAUGACUCUCUAGCUGAUUUUCUCAAUAGUGAUGAGGAAGAAGACAGAGUUUCUUUACAGAGCUUGAAUAAUUUAGGGGAAUCUGCAACUUUAAGAAGCUUAUUGACCAAUCCACACCUUAGACACCUGAUGGUCAACCUCGAUCAGGGGGACAACAAAGCAAAGCUGAUGAAAACCUAUAUGCAAGAGCCUUUGUUUGUGGAGUUUGCAGACUGCUGUUUAAGCAUUGUGGAGCCGUCCCAGAAUGAGGAUUCAUAAAAUGAAGUCCUGUAUUCCUUGCCCAAGCAUAUGCCUCACUCCCAGUACUUGUUGGCUCCUCCCUGGAGCUGGGUAGGGGUUCCCUAGGCAGCCUGGCUGCUGGGUUCCUGAGCCUUUGCCUUCAUCCACAUAUCUCUGAGACAGAUUCAUAUCUUCAGAUCCAUAGAUGCUCAAGGUGUUGAGCCUUUAUGAAGAAGGUGUUUGAUAUUCAAAAUAAGGUUGGUUUUAUAUUUUAUUUUUUAUAGAGUUUGGAUACACAUAAAUAUCAAGUUUUCAUCCAGGUUCAGUUAAAAACUGGAUCAGUGUUACUAAACUAAAUGGAAGAUGUGGUUCUCGUGUAUAUUGCAUUGUACUUGGUUCCUAAUCUAAUUCUUUGAAAUCAUAUUAAAUAAAUCAAGAACUUAUUAAAUAUUCCCCCCCUAACUAAAUGUCAAGUUUUCCUCAGCUAAGAUUUUAGAGCCAAUUGUAGGUUGACUCUGCCUGUUUUCUUUUAAAGUGCUUGUGGGUGACUACCCCUGCUGUAGUAACAGGUAACACUCAAGUAUGGAGAGUCUCCAGCUGAGUUUGAUCCAUGAAGGUAGUGAAAUGGGAAGGUCUCUGUGGACCUAAUCCUGAUGUGAUAAGUACCUACCCUGGCACUCUACCAGUGCUUGGUGGGCUGGUACACUGGCCAUGGAGCCCUGGUUUGCAGGCUGGAUCUCUUGGUUGUAUGUGUGCAUUUGGAAUUGCCUUGAGAAUUGUUUGGCACUUGUAUGCUAAUUAAGUGUCUUUGGCAAGGCUGCUGGCAGGAAAAGGCCUUAUAGAAACAAAGGCAUUAAAGAUCACUUAGCCAGGU